UUUUGAUGUUGAACGAACGACUGUGAGAAAAAAGGAAGGCUGCGAAAAGUUUUCCCCGUCUUAAAUUUUCAUUUAUUUUGGAAAGAUUUUCUCGAGAGUUUGAACGGUUUCUCUGGCAGUAAGAUAAAGAUUGCGUAUUCGGUAAAUCCGUCGAAGAUAAAUUUUCGGUGUCGAAAAGUUCGAAAAUCGACUUUCGGAGUGAGAAAAAUCAUCAGUGAGACUAAAGAGGAAAGAAAAAGAAGGCCAAAUUUUCGCUGCGCUGCUGCAGCACAGCGAGCAGUCUUCUUUGACGUUGUUUUUUUUUUCCCCUGUGCUGCUGCUUAGUGACGAACUCAAGUAAGCCAAUGAGUAUUGGAUUGUGAAAGACGACAAACAAAGUGAAAACCUUUCUACGUUUUGUCUGAAAUUUUGUGAUUGAAAAAAUAGAAGCAUUAGAAAAAUAAGCUGAUUAUUCCGUGACGGUAGUGUAUAAAGGCCAAGGCAACAAAAGAAUUAAAGAUGGAUUCCGACGAUGAAAGUUUCGAUGAGCACGAUUCCGGAAAUGUUUCCAGUGGGGACGAUGAUUUUGCAAUGGACGUGGAUAUCAACAAUCCACGGGACCGCGGCCAGCAAGAAGACGACUAUCCGUUUGAGGUUUUGACGACAGAGGAAAUUGUCCAGCAUAUGGUCGAUUGUAUCAAGGACGUCAACACCGUAGUCGAGAUACCCGCCACUACUACACGAAUUUUACUAAAUCACUUCAAAUGGGACAAAGAAAAGCUGAUGGAACGUUUCUACGAUGGCGAUCAAGAAAAACUAUUUAAAGAUGCUCAUGUCAUCAAUCCGUUUCGAAAGCCCAGCACAGUCAAUAAGCCAAAGAUAAAAAAAUCUGGAACGGAAGAUUGCGAUAUAUGCUAUUCGUCAUUUCCUCCUAGCAUGAUGACUGGGUUGGAAUGUGGUCAUCGUUUUUGUACACAAUGCUGGCAAGAGUACCUGACCACCAAAAUCGUUGAAGAAGGCUUAGGUCAAUCGAUUGCUUGUGCAGCGCACGGAUGUGACAUUUUGGUGGACGAUGUGACUGUCAUGCGGUUGGUGUCGGAUCCACGUGUUAAACUGAAGUAUCAGCACCUGAUAACCAACAGCUUCGUUGAAUGCAACCGAUUGCUCCGCUGGUGUACGUCGGCCGAUUGUAACUUUGCAUUAAAAGUGCAGUAUGUAGAUGCUCGUCCGGUCAUUUGCAAAUGUAAUCACGUUUUCUGCUUCGAAUGUGGCGAGAACUGGCACGAUCCGGUUCAGUGCCGUCUGCUGAGGAAGUGGAUCAAAAAGUGUGACGACGACUCGGAGACAUCCAACUGGAUCGCGGCUAAUACUAAGGAGUGUCCGAAGUGUAACGUAACGAUCGAAAAGGAUGGUGGUUGCAAUCACAUGGUUUGCAAAAAUCAAAACUGCAAGUACGAUUUCUGUUGGGUUUGCCUAGGAUCAUGGGAACCUCAUGGUUCUUCAUGGUAUAACUGCAAUCGUUACGAUGAGGAUGAGGCUCGUGCUGCUCGUGAUGCCCAGGAAAAAUUCAGAUCAUCAUUGGCAAGAUACUUGCAUUAUUACAACCGAUACAUGAAUCACAUGCAAUCGUUGAAAUUUGAGCAUAAGCUGUAUGCGUCGGUUAAAGCAAAGAUGGAAGAGAUGCAGCAACAUAACAUGUCGUGGAUUGAGGUCCAAUUCCUGAAAAAAGCCGUCGAUAUCCUCUGCCAGUGUCGUCAAACGCUUAUGUGCACCUAUGUUUUUGCGUACUACCUGCGGAAGAAUAAUCAGUCGCUUAUUUUUGAGGAUAAUCAGAAAGAUCUGGAAACAGCCACGGAGAAACUGUCCGAGUACUUGGAGCGUGAUAUUACGUCGGAAAAUCUUGCCGACAUCAAACAGAAAGUUCAAGAUAAAUAUCGGUAUUGCGAAAAACGCCGAAAGGUAUUGCUAGACCACGUUCACGAAGGCUACGAGAAGGAUUGGUGGGACUACACCGAUUGAUAAAAUUUAUCUUUAGAUAUUAGUGGGAGUUUCUUCUGCGUAGGACUCUCGAUGUCCGUUGAAAUAGGCAUAACCAAAAUCAGCAAACGAAAGCGAAAGCCAGCAGAAGUCUUAGAAAAAUCUAGUAGAAGAAAUAUUUUGCCGACGAAAAACAGAAUAACAAAGAUUACCGAGAUAAAACUAAACAGUAAAAGAAACAACUGUAAGUAUUCUAACUGUGAAGAUGUGCUUUUCUUUGCGAAUAUUCAACUUCAGAUGGUAUAUCAGAAAGAAAAAAAAACGAGAUACUAAAUAUUAGUAAAUUCUGAGCAGAAUCGUUGUUCUUUACCGUUCUUUUUCAUUAAUUUUGUUUUUUAUGUGUAAAUUAAAAUCGCUCUGAAUUAGUAGCUGAACAGCACACGAGAACCACUUAAAAUAUUGAUUUAAUGUCAUCAAAACGUAAAUGUAGGUAUUCUCACUUCUCUAGUUGGACAGGGCAGCUUGAAUCGGAUGGCAAAUUGUGUAGUUUUGAAUAGGAUCGGAGACGAAAAAGCUCUUUAUUUCAAUUGAAAUUGUUGCCUUCGAUUGCACGCGGAAAGUUAAAAAUGUAUAGUUUAGUAUCGCAAGCCAACCAAAAUAAGCGAUAAGCGUGUGUAUGGAUCAUGUAAGGUAUCUUGUGUCUUCGACAGAUUUAGCAGUACCUAUUCCUGGCAGAAGCGGCAAAUGCUCUUAGCUGGCAUUUUCGGCAAUUUUCUUAAGCAAUUUACCACUACCAACACUACUGUGAACAUAAUUUGAUGAAGAUGUACGAUACCUACACUAUUAACCUUUUAUAAAAAUUAAUAUUACAAUGGAUAUUGGUUCAAAUGUAGUUAAUUUUUCUCUUGUUACUGGCGACAUGACCGGAGUUGAACAAAGAUCUCUGGAAUCCUUCUUUACUGUUGAAAUGGUAUAAUUUGAAAGAGCUUUGAAUAACUGUCCGUUUUUCUAUAAAUUCUUGUGGAACAUUAGACAUUUAUGUGUUUAAUAGCAGCUAUUCGCCAAUCAAUCAGGGCCACAUUAUGGAACCAAGUCAAAACGACUUUUUUCAUACAAGUAUUCAUACGAAAAACGAUUCCCAAUGAAGCCCCACACUUAUUCUGCGUGGCGAAUGACGUGAGGUGACUCUCUGUCACUAGUGAAGUAAAGUCGUGUGAUGUGAGUCUCCGUGCAAAUCAAAUAGAGAGCCACACCAGGUGACUAUUAUCAAUUCAUUAGUGAUAAAGAUUCGCCUCACUUCACUCGCCCUGUUGAAUACGUCCGAAUAACUUACAGCAACUAUCAUGAGUAUUCAACCUUCAAUGGCACAAUGCUUAGAAAAACUGUGUCAUUUGUGCCAAUUAACAACCUUUCCAUGUUAUUAUAGGUACUUCCUGACUAAGUAUUAGGUGACAAUCUUCAGUUUCAUACCUUCGCUCUUCCUCUCGAUUGUCGACUAUGGGCUGAAAAUCAAAAGUGGCUAUGUCCAAUGUAUUGAGCAUAGCCUGUUUUGUUGGCUAGUUUUAUCUACUUACUCUAUAUAAAUCCGCUUUCAAGCGUCUUGUAUUACUUGCGUUUCAACAACGACUUCAACUUAAUGUUGAAAAUACAUACCAAAAAAUUUAACCCGGAAAUUAAAUUUGUGUAACGGAAGGUUCAAUGCGUUGAUCGUUCCUAUUCAUCAACAUUCUUUCGGUCACUACAAGGAAUAAUAUAAUUUCAAUCAUUUUUCCUCACCAUGAUUGUUUUGAUCUUGCAAUGUAAAUGAAGAUUAUACUUCGUCGGUGAUUUGAUUAUACUACCGGCGGACGCAUAAUUGUGUCAUGUGCUGUGAUGUUUCAUAAACACAUGGGACAAUUAUGUGUCCACCAACAGUAUAACGUAUGUUAUCAUCAGCUUUUUAUUCCUAUGUGACUGAUUUGCUAUUGCUACUUUUGUUUUCAAUUGGUCUUUUUAACCAUCUAAAAACAACAAACUGUGGUAAGCACCAGUUUAUUCAUCGAGCGUGUUUCAAUUGCAUUGAGUUGAAUAAUUUUAGAGCAUACGACAAUGUUGAAAAAAAAAACAAUAGAAGCAUAGUAGGAUUCUAUAGACCACCAACAAUGCGCCGAAGGUCAUUAGCCCUAAUGAACAGAGAGACCGAAUGUCACCCUACCCGAAUACCUUUUCCCUGACAGUGGUAUUGCAUUCUUAUGACUGCUCUGCUUUUUGCAGAUAUUCGGGGUAAUCCUACACAUGCGGGAUAAUGACGUUCGAGGUAGUAUCAACCGGGCUAGGACUAGUACAAACCAUAUUAGCUAGAACACAAUUUGUAGUUUGAAUUUUACUCUAUCGCUGUGUUUGUGUUAUGCUUUUCGAGUAGUUCUCUAGCGCUGCAUAAUUGUUUCUAUAUUCUCAAUUAUUACCUUCCACUAUAAAGUCGUUCAAUAGGUUUCGUAUUUAGUCAUCUAUAAAAUAUUGAGCAUUUUGCACUAAAUUAGACUAAAUUAAUGUGCUAUUUUUUUCGUGCCGUUCAUAAAACAUAUAGGGAACUUUUCUUUUAUUGGAGAUGAUACCGCUUUAAGAAAAGUCAAGAAUGGCCAAUUCUUAUUUUUUCUUAAAUGCGUGGAAACAUUCUGAGCACUUUUUUUAACACAGGAACUAAUACGGUGCAAAAUGCGCAAUAGAUACUACGCUAUAACAUCUGGCAAAUGUCUCUACGAUUUGAUACUGAAUGGCAUUUGUUUCCUACACAUGCUUUUUUAAACGCUUAAAACGGAUUACAGUCGAACAAAAUCAAUAAAAAUCAUUGAAAAAGUGAUAAAACAUUUUAACGAGAAGAACUCUAUAAAGAUAUAUAUAAAAGUGAUGUGAAAGAAGUAUAUAAUAAAAAAUGAGUAUAUAAGAAGCAGUAACCAAUUAUGUACGGAUUAUGAAAAGAAUAUGUUAGCAAGGGUCAUUUCUCAUUUUUGUUGACUUACAGAGGUUAAUAAAAACAUUACAAACAAGGUAAAUUGCAAUGUAAAUUCGAUCGGAUCAAUGAGCAGAAUAAAUAAGAGCUAAAUUAAAA